GUGCUUGAUUAGAGGCUCUUUAGUGGUAUCUCAUUGUUUUUGUUGUUUGGUCUGAAGGGUGGUCUGAAGAAUAAAUUUCAAGGAAACAAAAAUAAUUUUCCUUAUUAUCCAGCUUAUUUAGCUACUAUACUAUAGUGCUAUAUUUUAUUUUUCAAACGUGCCUUUUUACGUACUUAGUGAAGUUGCUUCCAUUUUAACCAGACAUGAAUAUUGUGCAGGAAAAUAACCACGUCCUUUACAUCUGGGCAGGAGCAGUCAAUGCUGAUAUUGAAAAGGAAGUGAAUCAGCUAAAAUCUAUUCCAAAUGUAAGGGUCAAUGUUGAAAAUGCUGAUCGUGUUUUUCUAGCUAAUUUCAGCAAAUCGCAAUUUGAUGUUAUUUUUGCCAACAUCUCAACUGGAAACUCAGAAUUGGUGUCCUACUUGCUGAAAAUAGUUAAACCCAAAGGGAAAGUGGUGGUCAAGGAUGAUUCGAUGCAAGGAGAGACAGCUUGUUCGAAUUUGCUAUUAUCUGGAUUCAUCAAUAUCGUUCCUUUAGAGAAUAACACGGUUGUUGGUGAGAAACCAAACUACGAAGUUGGAUCUGCCGCUAAACUAUCCUUCGGUGUGAACAAAGCUAAAGUUGCCGCGGUGUGGAAACUGGACGUUGACGACGACGACGAACGGAUUGAUGCCGACGAAUUGUUGGACGAUGAAGACAAGUUAAAACCAUCAGCUGAUUCACUAAGAGUUUGCGGAACAACUGGGAAACGCAAAGCCUGUAAAGACUGUUCCUGUGGUUUGGCUGAAGAACUUGAAGCUGAUACGAAGAAUAUUGCUGCUCAAAGUACUGGUACAAAAUCAUCUUGCGGAAGUUGUUAUCUGGGUGAUGCGUUUCGUUGUGCUUCUUGUCCUUACCUGGGUAUGCCUGCAUUCAAGCCAGGAGAGAAGAUUCUACUCUCGGAUACACAAAUGAAGGCAGAUAUUUGAAUAUUUCGUAAAUUAUCUAGUUUGUGACAUUGGAAGCUGAAGGUAUUUGAUAUGUAAUAAACAAUCAUUUAAGUCGUAGAAGAC